UGAGUUUGAACCCAUUUUGAGCCGUUGGGCCACUGGCCGCUGGCAGCCCCACUCACAGCACUGAUGGACGCCCCGCAGGCUGCCCGGCCCUCCAGCCAUCCCUCCCUGCUGCGGUUCCUCAGAAGCCUCCUUGGGUACCCGCGGAGCUCAGUGGGGGCACAGGAGCCCCAGGCAGAGCAGCAGGAGCAGGGUGCUGCCGGAGGGUCCCACAGCUGGCAAACAGAGCGGGUUGAGCCCACCCGAGGGGGGAUCCCAUGCCAGGAGCACUGCGAGGAUGAGGAGGGAGACAGCACGGAGCUGCUGCUGGGGGAGCUGCGGGAGGUCAGCCUGCAGGGAUCGCUGGGCAGCAGCACCAGCAGGAGCUGCCUGACCACCAGCACCAGCGACGUGGAACCGGUGGUGGAGGGCGAUGGGAUGGAGGCUCCUGGUGGCACCGUGGCCCUGCAGUGCAGCGGGGCAGCUGGCGAGGAGGAGGUGGCUGCAGAUGAAGCUGUUGUUGGCAGAGUUCUGGAGAUGGAUGAAUUCCUUCAAGGUCUGGGUGCUGCUGAUGAAGACACCUGCUCUGCAAGCCCUGAGCCAAUGUUUCCGAUGGAUCUUGACACUGAAUGGGAGAAAGGGCAACUCUUAAAAGCAAAUAAAGGGGCAGGAUCCCCAAAAGCAGAGCUGUCCCUUUGGAACAGGUUCAUCAACGUGAACAGACACCAGUGGACCUUGCGUAAGGCUCGUGCCUCCAGGAGCUCGAUGGAGCUGGAAAGUGAGGAGCAGCCGCUCCUGCGGGCAGCUGAGAUCAGACCCACGAGCCCUGAGCUCCCCGUGCUGCCCGCAGAGCCCUGUGCGGCGCUGCCGGUGUACAGGUUUUCCAGGAGCAGAGCGGCCGCUGGUGGCUUUGGGAGAAGCCAUGCAGAGCUGGGAGCGAACGGAGCAGGAAUGCCUGGAGAAGGCUGAGAUGCAUGACCCCAUGGAGCCUCACUGCCACUGUCCUGCAGGAGACAUCAGUGCUUCCCCUCUGCUGUGCCCAACCUGCCCAGGAGCCCUGUGUUUCAGCUUCCUCCUCUCCUCCUCUUCUUUCCCUCGUGUUCAUCAUUCAUGUGCACACCACGUUUCCUUUCUGCUUUCUCCCUUCCCUGCUCCUUGGAGAAGACCCUGUGUGUCUCACCACACUGAUGAGGUGGACAGGUUUGAUUCGAGUUGGUUUCAAUUGAACAUUCUGUGUGAACAAGCUCUUCUUGCUUCUCCCUCUGUGCUCUCAAGUUCCCUCAUUAAACAGUUCUCUGCUGAA